GAAAGAACCAAAAAUCAAUCUUUAAUUACGGUGUCAAAGUUCUUCGAGUUUACCAUUACAGAGAACUUGAGAGAGAGAAAGGGAGGCUUUGGACUUUGGAGACGAAGACCAAAAUUUUCAUUCCAUACUCUCAUCCAAAUCCCCAUCUUCAAUUCCAAAUCCUGCUCCCGAAAGGGUUUCUGUUUCCAUGGCGAAACACAGACAAUCUCGAUUCCCUACUCGGAAGUCCUCUUCUUCCUCUACUCUCGUUUUUACCUUGCUCAUUAUGUUCACUUUCGUCAUUCUGAUUCUUCUCGCCCUUGGAAUCCUCUCGAUCCCUGGGAAUUCCGGCGGUUCGACCAAGGUUCAUGAUCUCAGCUCGAUUGUGCGGAAAACUUCCGAUGACGUUGACGAGGAGAAAGGGGAGCAGUGGGUUGAAGUGAUCUCAUGGGAACCUAGAGCUUUCAUUUAUCACAACUUUCUGACAAAGGAGGAAUGUGAAUACCUAAUCAGCCUUGCCAAGCCUCAUAUGCAAAAGUCUACAGUUGUUGACAGUGAAACUGGACAGAGUAAAGAUAGCAGAGUUCGCACUAGCUCUGGAACGUUUUUGCCGAGAGGACGUGAUAAGACUAUUAGAACUAUAGAGAAAAGGAUUUCUGAUUUCUCCUUCAUACCCGUAGAGCAUGGAGAAGGACUUCAGGUUCUUCAUUAUGAAGUAGGACAAAAAUAUGAACCUCAUUUUGAUUACUUCCUUGAUGAGUACAAUACAAAGAAUGGAGGUCAACGUAUAGCAACAGUGCUUAUGUACCUCUCAGAUGUCGAAGAAGGAGGUGAGACAGUGUUCCCUGCUGCCAAAGGAAACUUUAGUUCUGUACCUUGGUGGAAUGAGCUUUCAGAUUGUGGGAAGAAAGGACUUUCAGUUAAACCAAAGAGGGGCGAUGCAUUGCUUUUCUGGAGCAUGAAGCCUGAUGCUUCUCUAGAUCCAUCAAGUUUGCAUGGUGGCUGCCCUGUUAUCAAGGGGAAUAAAUGGUCUGCUACUAAAUGGAUGCGAGUAGAAGAAUACAAAGCUUGAGUUGAUGUGACUAAGGUUGGAUGACAUUUCUUGUUAUUUGUCAAAGUCACAGAUGCAAUUUGUGUAGGGAAUCAUCAUUUUCUAUAAUUUAACCUUUGUCCACAACUUCUAGAUCCUUAAAUCUAUGAAUUUUGAUGUGCUUAAUAUUUUAGUUAUGAGCUUACAUUGUCAUUGAUUUCUUGUUUAUGGCCACGAGAGAAUAAGAGUUCAUAUUUUUGCCAGAAAUUCCGCCUUCAAACCUCAAUUAUAGAUUCAUAUGGUAUGCUAUGUAAAAAAGAAAAAGAAAAAAAGAUUUUACACUUGAUGUACAACUCCAUUUUUUUGUCUUCAUUUUAUAGUUUGUGUUCUUGUUGAA